UAUGCUUAUUGAAAGGCCUCUCUUGUAUCGUUUUGCGAUAACAAUUAUCACGUCGCCGAUAAGCAGUAGAACCGACUGGUGUCGAUCUAUUUAGGAGAUAAGAGUGACAGCUGGCACUCGAGUAAUUUUCAUAUCGGCUGGCGUGCAUAAGAUAAAAUACACAUUGUCAUCUAAUAACGCUGCACAUUUCGUAUAACGAAACGUCACUGUUCUUUUAUACACACGCAAUUCGCACACGUAUGAAGUUAAAAAUUAAUUUAUUUUGUUAUUAUUUUUAUUCAACACGUUUAAAUGCUUGAGUAAUUAUUAUACGUUCUUGCAGACAGCGAUCGCGUGCAUUUUGUUUUAAUUGUUUUGUAUGUAAAAAGGUAUCUCACCAUUUGUUCUUCUGUCUUUUGCUUCACCUGUUGCUCCUACAAAGUCCUACCAUUACAUUAAUGUCUGUAUGAAAAGAAAUCCAUCGUCAUUAUUAUUGUUAUUUGGACUUUUAUGCAUAAAAUGCAUAUGUCAGAUUAUCCGUAUGAAUAUGCAAGAUGCGUAGAUAUGGAGCAGAUAAGAGAGUCACCCGAAACGCAAUCUCUGGAAGGUUUUAUUCCUCUUCUCAGUAUUACUGAGGGAUGUGGCGUUCUUCUUAUAAUUUUAAUGUUCGUGUGGACGGGUUAUUAUAGAAAUGGUUUCUCAUGGAGAUCGAAUCCCCAGCUCGAAUUUAACUGGCAUCCUUUAUUAAUGAUUAUAGCACUCGUGUUCCUAUAUGCUAAUGCCAUGCUUAUCUACAGGACGCAAAGGAACGUUCGCAAACGACGAUUAAAGUUAACUCAUGCGGGAAUGAUGUUAUUUAUCGUAUUAUUAGUGGUGAUUGCUCUAGUGGCCGUCUUUGACAGCCACAAUCUAGCUAAACCUCCUAUUCCGAAUAUGUACUCGCUGCACAGCUGGGUCGGGUUGACUACCGUAAUAUUAUUUUGCUGUCAGUGGGUCGCUGGAUGUGUCUCGUUCCUCUUUCCCGGGUUGCAGACUCCAUUACGGGCUUCUUACAUGCCGAUACACAUGUACUUCGGUAUUGCAGGCUUUGUAGGUGCGAUUGCCUCGUGCUUGUUGGGACUUAACGAAAAAGCGAUUUUCGCAUUGAAGGAUUACUCGUCCUUCGUGAGUGAGGGAAUUCUGAUAAACUUCAUGGGAUUGCUGCUCGUAGCAUUCGGAGGCUUGUCCGUAUACUUGGUGACACAGGAACGUUAUCGACGCAUGCCAAGACCCGAGGAUGAAGUCUUGUUGUCUGGUUAAUGUACGAAUUGUUACCUGAUUCGCUCCUUGAUGUAAAAAUAUCUGGUUGCUGUUUCCAAAUUAAUAAGUAUUUUAUUAAUGAGUACCUACUACAAAUUCUUCGUUAUAAGCCUUAUAUUAACUUAAUGAGUAAAGACUCUUUAUCAAGUUAAGAUUCUUUAAGUAAGUUUGAUCUGAUUAAUCGAAGCACAAAUGCAAGGAUUAGAAAACGGUAAUAUUUUAUUUUGUUACAUUACGUCAAUAUCUAUUAUAUUCUAGUCCAAAGAUUAACUUUUUAUUGGCUUUUUGAUAUUUCUUUUUGAUAGACAAGAUAUAUCUAUUUAUAUUUUUAUGUUAAUAUAUAUUAUACACAUAUCUACAUUAAUAUAUAUAAAUUGUAUUUAUAAUUCUAAAGCAAUCAUAUUUUUCUAAAAACUGGUGCUGUGUAUGCAAUAUAUAAGUAUGUAAUAUAUAAUUAUAUUAUACAUGUGUGUGCGCGCGCAACAUAUACGUAUAUUUUGCAGCUAUUUUUUGAAAUAAUUUAAUUGAUACUCGUUAAUUGAUUGAAUUGUAAUAUAUACGUAUAAAAUAUGUAAUACCAAUAUAUAUGUAUGAGAUCUCAUCGAAAAAGCAA